AUGCAAAUACGUCAAAGGCGUCAUGGAAACGUAAAAAGGUGGAUGUGGCUAACCAUUGGUGUUCUUGUAUUUUGUUUGAAUGUGGCUAUGUCAUCACAGGAAGAUUUCAAAAGCGACAAUGUGGCCCAAAUGCUGGAUGAUGAUCUUCAGCUAGGUCGAUUUUCAGUGAUUCACAGCAAGGAUAUGAAGAGCGGUAAUGAUGGAGCCCCUUGCAGAUAUAACGAUCAGUGUUCGAGCGGUAAUUGCGACAAGAAAAGAUGUAAAGCUCCCACUUGUACCGAUGGUUAUAGGAAUGGUAAUGAAACUGAUAUAGAUUGUGGUGGUGAAAAAUGUUCAAAAUGUCCCAAUGGAAAAACCUGCAAAGCCGACUCAGAUUGUGUUAGUGAAGUGUGCAAAUCUAAAACCUGUCAAGUACCCAAUUGCAGCGAUGGUGUGAAGAAUCAAGAUGAAACUGACAUAGAUUGUGGUGGUAAAGCAUGUCCUAAAUGUGCUAAUACAAAAAUUUAUAGCCUGGUAUCGGAUUCAUGA